GGCCAGGCCUCACGGCGGCAGGCUGCGUGGACGCCGGCAUCCGCGAGGAGACGAUGAUGUUGGGCACCGAGGGCGGCGAGGGCUUCGUGGUGAAGGUGCGCGGCCUGCCCUGGUCGUGCUCGGCCGACGAGGUGCAGCGGUUCUUCUCCGACUGCAAAAUUCAAAAUGGGGCUCAAGGUAUUCGAUUCAUCUACACCAGAGAAGGCAGACCCAGUGGCGAGGCUUUUGUUGAACUUGAAUCAGAAGAUGAAGUCAAAUUGGCCCUGAAAAAAGACAGAGAAACUAUGGGACACAGAUAUGUUGAAGUAUUCAAGUCAAACAACGUUGAAAUGGAUUGGGUGUUGAAGCAUACUGGUCCAAAUAGUCCCGACACGGCCAAUGAUGGCUUUGUACGGCUUAGAGGACUCCCCUUUGGAUGUAGCAAGGAGGAAAUUGUUCAGUUCUUCUCAGGGUUGGAAAUCGUGCCAAAUGGGAUAACAUUGCCGGUGGACUUCCAGGGGAGGAGUACGGGGGAGGCCUUCGUGCAGUUUGCUUCACAGGAAAUAGCUGAAAAGGCUCUAAAGAAACACAAGGAAAGAAUAGGGCACAGGUAUAUUGAAAUCUUUAAGAGCAGUCGUGCUGAAGUUAGAACACACUAUGAUCCCCCUCGGAAGCUUAUGGCCAUGCAGCGGCCGGGCCCCUAUGACAGGCCUGGGGCUGGCAGAGGUUAUAACAGCCUUGGCAGAGGGGCUGGUUUUGAGCGGAUGAGACGCGGUGCUUACGGUGGAGGCUAUGGAGGCUAUGAUGAUUACAAUGGCUAUAACGAUGGCUAUGGAUUUGGGUCAGAUAGAUUUGGAAGAGACCUCAAUUACUGUUUUUCAGGAAUGUCUGACCACAGAUAUGGGGAUGGUGGCUCCACUUUCCAGAGCACCACAGGGCACUGUGUGCAUAUGCGGGGAUUGCCUUACAGAGCAACUGAGAAUGACAUUUAUAAUUUUUUCUCACCCCUCAACCCUGUGAGAGUACACAUUGAAAUUGGUCCUGAUGGCAGAGUAACUGGUGAAGCAGAUGUUGAGUUUGCAACUCAUGAGGAUGCUGUGGCAGCUAUGUCAAAAGACAAAGCAAAUAUGCAACACAGAUAUGUAGAACUCUUCUUGAAUUCUACAGCAGGAGCAAGCGGUGGUGCAUACGAACACAGAUAUGUAGAACUCUUCUUGAAUUCUACAGCAGGAGCAAGCGGUGGUGCUUAUGGUAGCCAAAUGAUGGGAGGCAUGGGCUUGUCAAACCAGUCCAGUUAUGGUGGCCCAGCCAGCCAGCAGCUGAGUGGAGGUUACGGAGGGGGCUAUGGCGGCCAGAGCAGCAUGAGUGGCUACGGUAGCCAAGGAACAGUGAACAGCAGCUACUACAGUAGUGGAAGCCGUGCAGCGGUGGGCGUGAACGGAAUGGGAGGGCUGUCUGGCGUGUCCAGUGUGAGUGGUGGCUGGGCAAUGUAAUUGAUCCCGACCACUCGCUCUUGGUCAGCUUUUUUAAAAGGAAAAAUACAACUUCAGUUUAACAGUUUCUGCAACACUAGCUUGUGGUUUAUGCUUAUUUUAAAAGUGGAAAUCAAGAUUGUUUCGAAGACAAGGUUCACUAUUUUUGAACAUGAGUCAUCUGGGAUGUAACAGCUAAGCUAGCUAUGUAACUGUUAAAGUAACUCUCAGCUUUUCUCAAGUUAGUUAUAUUGUAGGGUGUACUUCAGCAGUAAAUGUAUUUAGGUUAAAGCAGUUGAAUUAUGUUAAAUGUUGCUCUUAUACCACAUUACAUCAAACAUUGGAUGCAUGUUGAAGGACAUGCUUUUUUUUUUUUGUAAAACUAGGAGCUGUGUCUACAAUAAAAAGUGAAACAUUUGGCAUGUUUGUUAAUUCUAGUUUCAUUUAAUAACCUGUAAGGCACGUAAGUUUUAAGCUUUUCUAAGUUAACCGAAAAGUUGAGACACAAUACUAGUACUUUAGGGUUUUGGUCUUGGUGUUUGAAGUUCUGAGGCUUUGAUUUAAAUCUUUCAUUGUAUUGUGAUUUCCUUUUAGGUGUAUUGCGCUGAGUGAAACUUGUCAAAUAAAUCUUUUAAAAACUGCA